AUGCCCCAGGGCACGUUAUUCCGUGGUUUACAGCGUAUAAACCUUAGAAAUAUUUCAAUGUUUGCUGGAAGAUCUGUCUUUGAACGACUCUCUGGUUGGGUGUACUGCGUCCCGGACAGUUGUUCCCUUCUUGAUCUGCUUUGGUUUCCUGAGACCGUCAAUUUUGUGCUCCCACCGAACGCACCACAGAUUAAGUUGCAGACUUCUGCUGGUUACACUGGCAUUGGGUGGGAUACCCGGUGGGGCAGAACAACUUGUCCUCCUUAUUCAAAACUUGUAUAUGACGGUGUGGCUGGUGGACAAAGGUACGACCACUCAGGUGGCGGAAGCAAUCUCUUGUGUCUACCCAACGACCCCAUUUGGGCCAAUUAUACGACAGAAGUUGAAAAAGGUGGUUACAUUUAUGGCAGUGAAUAUCAAUUAGAUUUUUACCCAACGAAUAAACUCUUUUCUUUUUCUAACGCUGAAUCAAUUCAUGAUCACAACGUUCCGUGCGCUGUCUGUUUGACACGACAACCUGCUGUUGUUAUGAUGUUACCAGCCAGGACAAAGUGUUACGAUGGUUGGACAGCUGAGUUUUCGGGAUAUUUGAUGACCGAACGUCAUAGUCAUAAGGGCAGACAUGAAUAUGUGUGUGUGGAUUAUGCACCAGAAGCUGAUCCAGCAGGUUACAGAAACGAAGACGGAGCUUUAUUAUAUUUCGUUCAGGCUGCUUGUGGUUCAUUGCCAUGUCCACCGCAUGUCACUGGUCGAGAAUUAACCUGCUUUGUGUGCAGUAAAUACUGAAUCGAAUUUACAUUCGUUUUUAUUUGAAAAUUUAUGUC